CGAGAACGCUCAAAUCUCGCGAGAGUACAAUAGUCAACAAACUCACUUCCUACUUUCAGAAAACAUGUAUAAGAAAACAGCAGUAUGAGCGAAACACAAAAUUCUGCUGAAUACCAAAGCUUUCGAAGCUCAGUUCCACAGAAAAAACUGGUAGUUGACGAUGAUGAUCGUAAGGAGUGGACCCUGUAUGACUGUGGACCUCGUAGUGUUCGAUGCCCCCUGAUCUGUCUUCCACCAGCCAGUGGUUCAGCUGAUGUCUUCUUCAAACAGAUGCUAUCACUUUCAUCGGCAGGGAUAAGGAUCAUAGCUGUUGAGUAUCCCAUAUACUGGACAAUGCGUGAGUUCUGUGAGGGAUUCAAACGGUUGUUAGAUGCUUUACAGUUAGACAAGGUUCAUUUAUUUGGUGCUUCACUCGGCGGUUUCCUUGCUCAGAAGUUUGCAGAGUACACACACAAAUCCCCUCGAGUGGCCUCACUCAUACUCUGUAAUGCCUUCUAUGAAACCAGCAUUUUCCAGCAGACAAAUUCAGCCCCAACGUUCUGGAUGAUGCCUGCUUUAUUCUUGAAGAAGAUGGUGAUGGGCAACUUUGACCGGAGGCUUACAGACCCAGAAAUAGCCGACUCCAUUGACUUUAUGGUUGAAAAGCUGGAUGGCCUUAACCAGCAGGACCUGGCAUCAAGACUCACGCUGAACUGUAUGAACUGCUAUGUGGAACCCCAGAAACUGAACGGCGUUGAAAUCGUCAUCAUGGAUGUGUUUGAUGACUGUGCGUUGUCACAAGAAGUGAGGGAAGAGAUGUACAAGUGCUAUCCUAAUGCUAAAAGGGCCCAUCUCAAAACUGGUGGCAACUUUCCUUACCUAAGUAGACCUCUAGAAGUGAAUAUCUUCAUUCAGGUUCAUUUAAAGAUAUUUGAUGAAACACAAUACUCAGCUAAAUAUGUGGAGCCGGAGGAAAGACCAGGAUCAGCAGGCAGUGUGGGCAGUGUGGAAUAGCUGAGGUGCAGGGAGUGGCACACACUUGUGGCUCAUGGAGAUAAACAUUGGGUGCAGCUAUUCCCUACCUCUGAGAUAUGUUUCCAGACCAUGUGCUUGCUUAUAUUCAGUUGUAUCACAGACUGUAUUAUGUAUGCAAGUGAAUUCUAUCAUUAACAGGUUUAAUGUUCCAACAUAGUCAUUUGGAACAAGGAAAUGUAUGAUUUUGGGACUGAUUUUAAAAGUUUAAAACAAAAACAGUGAUACAUGUAGUUUUAAAAACAUUUCAGCAAUAACCCCUAUUCCCAUUUGUGGGAUUACUAAAAGAAUGUAGCUUUUAAACUGUUGCAUGAAGCUAUCAGUGUGGUCAAUUGUUUUGUGAAGUAAAACUUCAUUCAGGAAUUGACCUUUGUUUGGCUGAAAUUGCUCAAAGUGCAAUAGGAAUUCAUGUCUGGUGUUUAAAGUUUGUGAAAACAUCUUACUAUUGUUCAAGUCUACUUUUAUGUUUUAUAUGUUUAUGGGUUUAUACCUUUCACAUAUAAAAACUGGAAUACCUAAGAUUUGGACUUCUUUUGUAUUGCAAAAAUCACUUUUGAGUAUGGAUUUUAAUAUAGUUUUAAUGUAUUUAAAAAUACUUCAAGUUUGUAAAUUUCAUUGACCAUGAUUUUAUAUGUUAUCACACACAAUAAUUGCUAUGGUUACUUGGGUAUCUUAAAUGCUUGUAAUACUUCCAUUUUUAUGAUGAUUUACAGUAUGCAUUCAGUUGCACUUAAUUCACAGAACUCUUCACUUAAUUUACUUCUUUGAAUAUAUGUUUCUGUCAAUAGUGGUGUAUGUUGAAUGUGUUUAUUAGUGUUAAUAUAAUUGUGCUACAUUCCCAAAACUAAAGUGCUUUAGAUUUGAUCUUACUGUGCAGGGAAAGUAGAAGAAUCUUACAUUAUGAUGAACAAAUAUGUUUGGAAUAUUUUCAACAGAAUGUUUAAGCACACAGAAAAAAGCCUGUAUAUGUAUAAGAUACUCAUAAUUGUUUUUUUAAAUUUUAGUCCUCUGACAGAUUAUAUUCAAUUUAUUACCUUGUAUUGUCACCUCAUAUAUUAUUAUUUCAUUGGAAUGUGUUUUUUUGUAAAUCAUCAUCACUGUGUGCCAUUCAAAUAUUAAUUAAGAACUUGUUAUGUUCAUUAACAUGAUUCAAAGAAUUCAGAUAAAACUGUAACAUAGUUUGCUGCUCACAUGGUUCCUCAGUGGAGUUAACUCCACAUUCAAUCACAGUAGGAAUAGACUUUUCACUCUCUCAAAUUCAUGUGUAUAAUCUUACUUUUUAUAUAUAUAUAUAUAUAUAUAUAUAAAUAAUAUAUAUAUAUAUAUAUAUAUAGAGAGAGAGAGAGAAAGUCUGUAUAUUAAUAUACGUAAUGAAAGUCAAGUUUUGAAAUAAGAUGUGGUUGCAGUUUAAUUCAUGCUAAGGAUUAAAGUAUAUCUCUCUUCUGUUAUUUUUUUUCCUUUGCAAUACCUUUAAGAAAUCGUGCAAAAAUUUCAGAACAUAUAACAUAAUUAUGCUUCUUCAAUUACAAUUGGAUUAAUUAUGUUAAUGUUUAUAACUGUUAUCUGUGAUAGCUAUAAAAACCUUCAGAUAAUUGCUUAACUGAUGUGAUGCCAUCUGUGAAUGUUUAUUUGUUUUUUUUAAAAUCAUGUCCUUGUUAAUGUAUGUUUUAAGUAAAUGAUGCAACAUGUAAAUAAAUGAACUACUGUU